AUGGCCCUCGAAACUGAGCACCUGCGGGUCUUGCGACAGCACUUGUCGCACGACACCAGUACAGUUUUGACCACCCUCGCGCACGAAGCCGCCGUCACGAGCAGUGACCACGAUCUUACCUCCAAUCAGCCCUACAUGACCGCUGCUUUGAUCAUCCCAAAGGAAUUUUUCGACGAGGCCAGUAUCGAGAGUCGCAACGUAGUUCCGCCCCCCGUCGUGCGCGAUGACCAUCUCUUUGCAUUCCGCGAGCCGGGCGCUUCAGCCAAGCAUUCUUGGCGCAGAUUACUGCAGUCGCCGUUGGGCUCCUUUCUGAGCGGCGUGCGUCAGCGCUAUCCCUUUAUUCAGCUUGCUGGGCAUAAAGGAGACUUUAUCUCCGGACAGGGUGGCAUCAUUUACAAGAAAUCAUCUGUACUCGAAAAGGCUGCCUUGGAAUCCCUCAUGAGCGACGUGCUCAAGCCGAUGGUCCCGCUCUACUUCAAAGCCGUCCAAAUUGAAGACAGUCAGGGCAGCAAGGCCGAGUACCUGGAAAUGCAGGACCUGCUUGGCAAUUUCACUGAUCCCUCUGUCAUGGAUAUCAAGCUGGGCGUACGCACGUUUUUGGAAUCAGAGGUGAUUAAGACAACGCGCCGACCCGAUCUGCUGCAGAAGAUGAUGAAACUGGAUCCCGAUGAGCCAACGGAGGAGGAGAAGGAGCACGGCAUUACCAAGCUCCGCUACAUGAUGUUCCGUGAACGCCUCAGCUCCACCAACACGCUUGGCCUUCGUGUGGAAGCCGUCAAGAAGGCACAUGAGCCCCCCCGAAACGAUUUUCAACGGGUAAAACUACGCUCGGAAGUUUUUCGCGUGAUCGAGUCAUUUUUCCCUCCGCGCGACACGGAGCCCGAGUUACAUGACCGCGUGAAGCGGCGGAUCCUGGAUCGGCUCGAAGCCAUGCGUGAUAAACUUCCCGUAUCUUCCUUUUUCAAGUGCCACGAGCUGAUUGGAAGCUCACUGCUGUUCAUCUACGACUCAACUGGCAAGGCCGGGGUCUGGAUGAUUGAUUUUGGCAAGACGUCGCGCGUGGAUAAGGAAAUUCAUCACGACUUGCCCUGGAAGCUAGGCAGUCAGGAGGACGGCUAUCUCAUUGGCCUCGAUAACAUCAUCACGAUGAUUGGCGAUUGCUAG